CUAGUAGACUUGCCUGUGUGCCAUAGGCUCACUUUUUACAAAGUGUUACUUUGUUUACAAACAAAAAGUUAAAGUGCUUUACGGAUUACAAUAAUUUUACCUAAUAAAAAUGGACUUGAAAACAUUUUCGGAUAAUGAUUUUGACCCCAAGAAAUGGAUUAAUAAAGCUUGGAGUACCAGUGAGAAUCAAGAAAGAGAGAUAUUUGUGGCUAACACGGUGGCCAGGCUUCAGCUGUACAUGAAGCAGCUCAGCAACUCCCUUGAUGAGACUACUACACAGAUAGUGUCGUCCAUACCACGCGUGCUGCAAGAUGCCUCAACUCUUCAGCUGGAAGGUGCGCUGCUGCAGCAGAAGCUGCUGGCGUUAGAGCAGCAGGUGCAAGGAGUGGAGGAGCAGACGGGACACUCCAUCCAGAGCUUGCAGAGGAUCGAUCAGCUCAAGAGCAGUUUAGAGAAUGCAGCUUCAACACUUCGCGAAGCAGACAAAUGGGUGGCUUUAGUUACUUCGUUGGAAGAAAUUCUGGAGUCCGGAGUGUCCACACAGAAGGACAAGCUCGCAGAACUGGCAGACCAAGUCACAGCAAUGACUGCUAGCCUGGAGGUGCUGAGCGAUUCACCCGACUACGAAACAAAGAGGUUACAGCUGGAAACUCUGUACAAUAGACUCGAAGCGGCCAUCACGCCGCCCUUCAUCGAUGCGUUAACACAAAUGGACGCCGAUCGCACGCGCGCUUACGUGGCCGUGUUCCACGGCAUGGGACGCGCGGUGUCCGCGAGCCGCGGCUGGCGGCGCGCGGCGGCCACCACGCGCGCGCACAGCUGGGCACGCGCCGCGCAGCACGAGCUGAGGCCGCUCACCACCAUGCUGGCCGAGGACGCGGACAAACAGGUGGAAUGGCUGACUUCGGUGCUGAAAUCUGACACACCCUUGGGUGAACUACUGAGAUUGUAUACAGACUUGUUGCUGUCUUUGGACCCCUCGCCGACUAAGAUAGUGACAGCAAACUUCAAGCUCUGUCAAACUCCUGACGAAGGAAUUACAUUACUUAUCGAUCUGAAAUCCGAUAUCGAUGAAUUUAUCAAUUGUAUCAGAAACCUCAUAGACGCGCCGAGACCUAACAAAGAGGAACUUUUGCCUACUACAUUACGUGAGCUGGGGCGAGCUAUCUACGCGCCUCUCAGGGAACUCAUGCCCAAAUACACAGACCUACAAACUUCACUGUUCCUGAGCUGUUUGGAUGACCCCAUGCUUAAACAGGAGGAUCUUCUAGAAUAUUCUAGAGCUAUUCUCUCCAUAGCUGAGAGAAGCGAGGGCUGGUUCAAUACAGCGUAUACUAGAGGCAAGAGCAUCGCAGGCCAGGCUGUCUACCCAUACUACGCUCCUGCGGUGGAGGCCUUCACGUCAGGGCUCUUGAACCUAAUAACGUCACACACUCGUCACAUCGAAAGCGCGUUUUUGUCGUCAGUGCGCGCCGGGCAGAGCGCAGGUGUGCUCAGCGAGACUUUCCCCGCCGCACUUCUGCUGGAGAGUGGUGUCACACAGCUGUUGAGUGUGCUAGCGGAUAGACAGCGGGUAGAGGAGGCUGACCAAGAGGACAAACCGCAGCACCCUCUCCUAGACCUCCCGACCCUCGUACUGGACGUGGACGCACGAGACUCGCGCAGGGCUGCGCCCCCCAGCGUGGCGGGGCUCCGGCGCGCCAAGGACGCGCUCAGGAACCUCGCACGGUCUAUACUGAGGAACCCCAUCGAUGUACAAUUGGAUAAAAUCCCUCAGCUGUCAGUAUGGCAUAACAACGAUGCGUUGUCAACUGAUCUACCGGACUUCGCGCUCUCCCCACAAGAGUACAUCACUGAGAUCGGUCAGUAUCUAAUGACUUUACCCCAACAUUUGGAGAUGCAUUUAUCCGAGAAACAAGCACCCUGGCAGUUCCUUACUGAGCUAUGCACGCACACGUGCGAGGUGUACGCACAGAAGAUCCUCAACAUACGCAAUAUGGACGCGCUCGGCACCAAGCGGUGCCUCACAGAUAUCCUGUACUUAUCCAGCGUGGUGGACGACCUGGGCAGCAGCAUCACGCCCGCCUUGAAGAGUCUGGAGAAGUCUCUACGAGCGACCACGCCUUCUGCGCAAGUAGAAUAAACGCUAUCCAAAUAUUAUACUAUGUAAUGAAAGUUAUUUAUUGAAAUAAAAAUAUUAUAUCAAAUGCA